UAGUGCUGGUUGGUCGGUCUUGGUCGGAUCGAUGUCGUCUGCUACGGACGGACUUUCUGUGUGGUGCUGUGUAGUAAGUGAAAAUGGCGAAACCGGCGAAGAGAAUUACGCACAGAAAAUACAAGGAACUCCCUAUAAUAGUGGUCGAAAAUCAUCAUGAAGUCAUCCCAUUCAUUUACAAAGCUAUCGGAUCCAAAUAUUUGCCUUUGGAGAAAAACUCUCUCAUUCAUUUAGACUCGCAUCCGGAUUUACUGAUACCUUAUGAUAUGGAUGCCAAAACAGUGUUUUCAAAAUACGACCUCUUUGAUAACAUCAGUAUUGAGAAUUGGAUACUUCCUGCUGCGUAUGCAGGACACUUUAAUAAGAUAGUGUGGCUGAAACCCCCAUGGAGCAACCAAAUAAAGGAAGGGCUGCAUUCAUUCUUGAUUGGAGAAGAGACAUGGAGCAAUGGUAUCAGAGUGACUUGUUCAGAGCCCUAUUUUCUAUCAGAUGCCCUGUGGGCUCCUGAGAAUGAAAUGUCGAAUAAGAGAGAAGUUGAUCUUGAAGUAUUUACUCUUGGAAAAGUAGUGGAAGAAAAUGCAUCCGACAACUUUGCUGAUCUUGGAAGGAUGAUUAGAAAUCACGUUGAAGAAGAUGGAACCUUUGUACUUGAUAUAGACCUUGAUUUCUUCUCCACGCGAAAUCCAUUUCUUUCACUGUAUGAAAAAGCAAGUGUCUACAACAGGUUAACUAGGCUAUAUCAGUUUCCAAAAAACCUCUCAAUUGAUCUUGAUUGUAUCUGUGCUGGAAGGAAAAAGCAGUUGGAUGAUCUUCAGAGUUUUUGUAAACAUUUAGCUGCACAUGGUAAUCUUCAAGAUCUACCGCCAGACUUAAAAUCAUCACCCUAUUUACCUGGGGUGAGAGCUUUACUUAGAGAAAUCGAAACUCAUUAUCCAAAUACAGACAUAGACUGGGAAGAAGUAAAUAAUGCAGGUUGUACAUGUGAUGAUGAUGGCCUCCCACAUCAUGUCACAAGCCGGCAAGAUAUCACAAAAAUGAUUGAUGUAUCUCUUUGUGGCCUGCUUGCUUCGCUACCUUAUCCUCCAUCAAUGAUAACCAUAUCCCGAUCUAGUGCUGAUAACUAUUGCCCUCCUGAAGAUGUAGACUUCAUUCAAGAAUCUGUCAUAAAGGUUCUCAAAGAAAAGUAUUCACCUUGUAAAAUAACUUUAGAUUAUCAGGAGAGAUAUUACUCUGACACACUCCCUUCUCAUGAUGUACCUGGGCCCCCUUUAUCUGAAGAGGCACCAGCUGAACCUGCACAUGCACCUACCAAAUCCCCAACUCAGCCAACUGAACCAACUCCACCAUCUAAGCCUGUCUCUUGUGACUCCUCUCAUUAGUUACCUGUCUAAAAGGUAAUUCUGUGUGUUGAAAUUUCCAUAUCCCCACCUAAUUUUAAAAAAAAUUAUCAACUUUGUUUUCAUCAAAGAGAACUUUGUAUUUGAUGUGAUAUUCUUCAGUUAUUCCAUGUGAUGUUCACAAAUUUCCUGAAUUUAGUCGUCACAUUAUUAAUUUUCUUCUGGAUUCUUACUGUUGCAUGAAUUAACCAUUGUUUCCUUGAUCUGAACCAUGAAGUCACAAAGGAGACGAACAUAUUUGCUUAUGAAUGAAAAGAACUGUCAUGAAACGUCUGUGGAAAUAGUUUAACAAGGUUAAAGCCUAAAAA